AUGCUCAGUUCGGUGUGUGUCUCCUCUUUCAAAGGGCGCAAGGGUGGGAACAAGUCGUCCAACAAAGCAUGUUACAGCGCAGACAUGACUUGUCCGUCAGACAGCGAGAAAAUAGUGAUAAACUGCGGCGGGAUUCGGCACGAGACGUACCGCAGCACGCUAAAGACGCUGCCCGGGACCCGCUUGUCAUGGCUCACCGAGCCAGAUGCGUUCAGUAACUUUGACUAUGACCCCAAAACCGAUGAGUUUUUCUUUGAUCGUCACCCCAACACGUUUGCUUUCAUCCUCAAUUAUUACCGCACGGGAAAGUUGCAUUGUCCCAACGAUGUCUGCGGUCCUCUGUUCGAGGAGGAGCUCGCUUUCUGGGGUAUCGACGAGACGGACGUGGAGGCUUGCUGCUGGAUGAACUACCGACAGCACAGGGAUGCCGAGGAAGCGCUGGACAGCUUCGAGACGCCGGAGCCCGACCUGCCAGAAGAUGACCCGGCGCUCACGGGUGGCGCGGACGGGGACUUGAAGAGGUUGUGUCUACAGGAGGAUGGUCGGCACCGCAGCUGGUGGAGUAUAUGGCAGCCCCGAAUCUGGAAUCUUUUUGAGGAUCCCUAUUCCUCGAAAUACGCCAGGUAUGUGGCGUUCGGCUCGCUUCUGUUCAUCCUCAUCUCCAUCUCAACAUUUUGCUUGGAGACACACGAGGCCUUCAACACCAUCUACAAUAAGACAGAGAACGUGACGGUGGGAAAUGUCACCAAGGAGGAGAUUGUGUAUGAGGUAGUGACUGACAACUGGCUCACCUACGUGGAGGGCAUGUGCGUCAUCUGGUUCACCAUCGAGGUGUUUGCCCGUGUGAUCUUCUGCCCGGACAAGGCGGAGUUCUUCAAGAGCUCGCUGAACAUCAUCGACUUUGUAGCCAUUCUGCCCUUUUACCUGGAGGUGGCGCUGAGCGGCCUCUCCUCUAAAGCAGCUAAAGACGUGCUGGGCUUCUUGCGCGUGGUGCGAUUUGUCCGGAUCCUGCGAAUCUUCAAGCUCACGCGUCAUUUCGUCGGGCUGAGGGUGCUGGGCCACACUCUCCGGGCCAGCACGAACGAAUUCUUGCUUCUCAUCAUCUUCCUCGCUCUCGGAGUGCUCAUCUUCGCCACCAUGAUCUACUACGCAGAGCGCAUCGGCGCGGACCCGGAAGACCCCACGGCGAGCGCCCACACCACCUUUAAAAACAUCCCCAUCGGCUUUUGGUGGGCGGUAGUAACCAUGACAACGCUGGGCUAUGGCGACAUGUAUCCAGAGACAUGGUCUGGUAUGUUAGUGGGCGCCUUGUGUGCCCUGGCGGGCGUGCUGACCAUCGCCAUGCCCGUGCCCGUCAUUGUGAACAACUUUGGCAUGUACUACUCUCUGGCUAUGGCCAAGCAGAAGCUUCCCAAGAAAAAGAACAAGCACAUCCCGCGGGCUCCGCAGCCUGGAUCGCCCAACUACUGUAAACCAGACGCCCUGGCCAUGGCCACUGCCUCGCCGCACAGGCUCAUGGGUAAUGUGAUAGGCGGUAUGGUGGGCUCUGGAAGCAUGGCAGGAGACUGUCCUCUCGCACAGGAGGAAAUCAUAGAGAUUAACAGAGCAGACUCAAAGCAGAAUGGGGAUGCUGCAAAUGCAGCUCUGGCUAAUGAGGACUGUCCCACCAUAGACCAGGUGAUGGGGCCGGAUGACAGGAGUCCGGCCACCGGUGGGUUCGGUCCAGGCACGGGUCGCGAACGUUACCCCCACGACCGGGCCUGCUUCCUCCUCAGUACCGGGGAGUUCCGCACCACAGACAGCAAUGUCAGGAAAGGUUGUGUCGUGUCAUGCGUUUCUGCAGGCUACGAGAAGUCCCGCAGCCUCAAUAACAUCUCCGGGAUGACGGGGGCCCCUUUGCGCCUGACUCCCAUCACCCCUAUCAACAACACACCCUAUGAACCCUUCGAGACCCCUGGCCCUUUACGGCGCUGCAGAUCCCCCAUCCCCUCAAUUCUGUAGCACAGCAUUAACACUAAAUAGAACACAAAACAAGGACGCUCAAUGCAACAUCAUACUGCAAUAGUAUUAUUAAUCACGAUAAUGACGCUAAGUACUCAGCACCUCCAUUGACUGGACAGGGUGGGGGUGCAGAACUAUUUUUAAUAUCACGCCUCAAAGAGGGUGGGCAAGUUUAUGUAGGGAUUUAAAGCUUUAAAAGGAAUCAAAUGAGCAUUUUCUGUAAUUUCAGCGCAAAUACUUCAGGCAAUAUUUCAGACAGGCAUCUAAAACAAUUAUAUGCUGUGACUCCAGCAGGUUAUGCCUUACUGUAAAAGAAAAAAGAAGCACUGAAUAAUACUAUAAUGAAAUCCCUCUAUGGCUCGUAAGAAGCAGUGGGCACCCUGUAGGAAAUCUACCCCCGUAGUUGAAUGACUGUAGUUGGCUUACCCACAUUUUCCUCCCUGAUUGCUGGUUGUAUAAAAACUAUUAGACUGUGAUCCAGCAGGCUUAUUCACUUAAUAGCUUCUUUGACAAACCAUAUAGGCCUUGAAUCACUUCAUAUCAAAGCUUGGAGGUCACAGACAACAUGCAAGUAGUUUAAAUGCAUGCAAGAAAAGAGUGAAGUUAGGCAAGUACAUAACCGAACCAAACUCAAUCCCCUUUAAAUCCCAUACAAAUAUGAAAAUAAACAUUUACUCAAUGUUGGACUGAGUUUAAUAUACAGCAAAGCCCUUUAGAGUCAAUGCUGGUUUGCUACUGUAAUAAAUCUAGAAAAGAAUUAGAAUAUUAUAUAAGAGUUUUUUGAUCAUUCAGGCCAUUACCAUUAUUGUUAUUAUGACACAAGGACACUUAGACAUCAUUAAAUCAAAACAUUUCCAACAGCAUCAUUAGCUGACACUAAAUCUCUUCAAAUGUGCUUCGCAAUGAAUUAUUAUCAUUGUCAACAACUUAAGUCAUCAAAAACUGUUUUUGUGCAAAACUGUAUCAACUAUUUUGAUGACCUCUGAUGAGGCGGAGAUGAAGCUUUACUAUUUGUAACUGUUGUAAACUAUCACUGAGAUGAGAACUGAUCAUUACAAAAGGCUAUUUUUGUACUAAGUGUUUGGGCAUCGCAGUUAGGAUUGGGGUUGGAGUUGCGUGGGCUCCGAGUUGACAUUGGCAAAAGAACAGAACAGCCAUCUUAUUAGAGGCCUAUAUCCCUCUGCACUUCUUCAGGCCCUUUCCAAUUUAUAUACAUGAGCAUGAAGGAACUGUCUCUAAAAUUAUCUCCUUUUCCUUUAUGGUAUUUCCUCAUCAAUAUGAAGACAUAUCAAGCUAAGCUGCACUCUUCACUGAAUAUCCGCAUAUACCGGGGCUGUGGUGAACCAGACAGAGGCCUCAGAGUUCCCCUAUAAGGGCAUGAAUAAGCUGGACUUUUUCAUCAUCAUCAUUACUGGCAUUAUCCUCCCCAUCAGAACCAUUUUACGAUUACUGUUAUUCCUAUAAUGUGAAUGCAGUAGAAAAUCAGUUCAUUUUUUUUUCUCUGGUCCCCUUUUCUUUCUCUAUUUCUUUUUUUGUCUGCUCUGUCUUUUGGAUGCUGACCUUCGUUCCAAUGUAAAGGAGGGAACAUUGAAUGGAUGCUGGAUUGACAGCGGUCAGUAAGAGAAGAAAAACAAAAGAUGGCAAAAUGAACUCUUGAAAUGCAGAUAUAUGAGGCAUAUGUUUCACGGUAUAUUUGUGGGGGUGUACAGAUUUCAUGCCCACCGCUGGUGAAAAUCUCUCAGCAACGGCAGCUCACAAAGCUUGUUAGCUCGUUUUAUUUCUCUUUAUUUGAAAAAACUGAAAACCUUGUGUGUAAAUGACCAAACUGUUUUUAGUUUUGUAUAUAAGUUGAACAUUUUAUAAGACAUACAAGUACAAGUUUUUGAGUUAUGGUUUACAUUUGAUUUCCUUGCAACUAAAAUAUUUUAAUACCCAUAACUAAUUCAUUACCUUUCAUCAUCUGAAUUGAGGAAUGAAAUUACUUUUUGCAUUCUACGUUUUUCCAUUGUACUUCACAGUAAAAAUGUAAGAUUCUUAGGGCACAAUUUGAGGUUCCACAGAUGCCACAAAGGCGGAGCCUGAAGAAGAGCCUUGAGGUACCACAUUCUUUUUUCAAAAUGUUCUUAUUUUCUGCAAAACUCGAAAGAUCAAUGGUUUCUUCAACAUCACCAGCAAGCUUAAAAAGUUCAUAUAUUGUAUUUUCAAGAGAACGUAAGAUAUUAAUUUACCCAUUUAAGGGUGCUAGAUGUUCUUCAGAGGGUUCAGCCGGGUUUGAGGAACCUCAAAUGGUGCCUCAAGAAUCGUUUAACUUUUACAGUGUAGAUAGUACACUGCUCUUUUCCUCCUCUCUUUCUCCUACUGUCUUCCCUCUUUGUUAAUGAAGUAUACUGCUUCAGUAAAGAAAGUGAUGUUAAAAAUAUGGAGUAUUUGCAUGGAGGCAACAAACUAGAUGUGUAACAGUAUGAUUUGUCUGCACGUUAUGUGCAUUUAAGGGCUCAGUGCAGUCACCAAGGACCGCGUGCUGAAUGUAUGCAAUGGCACUUCAUGUGUGCUCUGUGUAAUGUUCAGGUAGACCGAUAACUGUUCAUAGAUCAAGGAAGCUCUUGUUCUCCGACCAGUUUAACAAGUAAUACGAAAUGAAAUAUUUCAGAUGCAGUGUUUAUGAUUCUGAGAUCAUUUUUAUUUUUAAAAGAAGUAAUUAGAUUACGAACCCUUCAGUUUUUGACUGUUUUAAAAGCAGAUCCAAAGUUACUCUUCUAAAAGUAAGCAACAUUUUUGACAAAUUUUAAAGUGAUAAAUAAAAUGACUUAAAGAGAUGGAGAGGAAGGAAUAUUAGUUACUCACCAAAAUCCUAGUGUGAUUUAGGCCCAGCCAACACUUUAUUUGUCAUCUUCCGUCAUAUCCCUCUCCUCCUAUGCUCCAUAUCUCUUUUUCUCUUUUUUUAUUCAUGAGGAUCUGUAGGUCUUAAUGAUAUGUACAGUUUUGAAAGUUGACUUUGUAAUUUCCACAUGCAUGUGUUUUUAUUGUGAGCAAUAAGGAAAUUAAGGGAAGUCUAUAUGAGAACAAUGAAGUUUGUUUUGAUAAGAAUAUGUAUUUUAUAAAGAUGUUUAUGUACAUGUGUAUGUUCAUAAAAGUGUGUACAUAUGGAUGUGUAUAUUCAUAUGCACAUGCAUAUUAAUGAUUUGCAUGAUACAAAUGUAAAGUUUUUCAUUGCUGUUUUUGUUACCAAUCUUUAUCAUUGACUUGAUUGCUCUGUGUGGGGGGCGUGGCUUAGUUUUGCAUGCUGUGAUGCUAUGGGUUGGCAGAGACCAUUACAACUGAUUUAUGUUAUUUGUAUUGAAUGAGGAUCUGAACUUUAACAACUAUGUACCUGUUUUCUUUAGUUUUGUUUUCUUAUGCAUCAAAAGCAUUGCAGAUUGUCAUUUUAUGAUUUAUUCUUUUUCAUCUUUUCACAGAGAACUAUUCUGAAAGCCCAGUGCUUAUCAGAUAUAUGCAAAAAGAAGCAGUAACUGUGAACUAAUCCUAGAACAGAAAAUCCACUUCUUCCUUUUUCAAAUACAUUCCCGACCGAACACCUGACCCCUGUCCCCCGAAACCAGUAUCAGCUCCUGUACAUUCCAUUCGGUCUCAUCACAGCUAAUUUCAGUAUUGUAUUGCCAUAUCACGUUCCCCAAACUCAUGACAUCAUCAAUCUUAUAGUUAUGCAUUAUUAAGGAGCAUUUUAGCCCCUUCAGCUCUGACCCCCCAACUACCAAACCCCCCCUCUGCAGGAUUUACGGGGAAUGAACUGGUGUAGCAUUCAGCUUCGUAGAUCACAAGCACUCUCUGGUCACUUUAGUGGCUAAGAAUACAGAUUUUAGCCCUUUACGUUUACCUGUUAUAUAAAUAUUUGAUUUAAAAGAUAAUAUUAAGGCGUUCAUCGGAAUGUAUUCUGACUAGACCGGUCAGAACCGAAGGACUUUCUGUGCUCUUGAGUGUGGGGAGUGAAAACAGUCUAUAGGUUUUUCUGCUCGGGGGAGUGUGAAGGAUAAUGAUAAUACUCACUACAGCAAUGCAUGUUUCCACACAUUCUUCAAGACAACUAAGUGCUGCAUCCUAGUGCAUCCUGUGGUAUUUCUGUGUGUAGUCUCUUUGAAAAUGUGAGUCUGGGAGGGGCCAGCUCCAUUAACGGUAUAUCCCUUUAUGAUGUAGAAGAGAUAGGGCUGCCUCUAGUUCGCUUAGUUAGCGUAUGCCCUGGUAGGCAAAAACAAGGCUGCAUGUGACAGUGGAGGACGAUGUAAAUAAUUCUCGUUGCAUGUAAACAGCAGAGAAGCUAUAGUUUAAUUGUGGCAUUUCGAAUAGGGAGAGCAGGUCGGUUAAACUACAUUACCCAGAAUUCUCUGUCUCUGUCAGACUUCUGCUCCCCUGUCACUACUCAGGUAUAUCUCUUUUUGUUCGUCUGAACCAGUGCUUCCAAAAUGAUGUCAUUCGAAACAAAGAGAGAGACAGAAAGUGAUGAUCUGUAAACAUCUCGUCUACACAUGCAUCACAGUGUCCUUGUGCUUUGUGUGCCCACCCGUGUCGUUUUUCUCACCACUGUCAUUUCUUGUCACUUUAAUUUGUCGUCAUCAACAAACUCUACUGCUUCCAAAUAACAACCAAAAAAGCCCAGAUGACGUAAGGAAAAAUUGUCCGCCAUUUCUUAAAACUUUUCGAACACGGUUCGCCGUAAGUGGAUCACAAAAACUGUAUGUGGAAUCAGGACUCAACCGAAUGGCGAGAUGAAAACAUGAGGGACAGAUUGUGUGUUUGAGUGUUAAGAGGAUUUUCGACAAAUGAAGACAGGCGCCGUGAAAUGGAGGACAGUUUGGGGAAGAAAGAAAAUAAAAGAGGAGGAGUUGCGCUGAACGCUUCUCAGUGUAAGAAUGUGUGUAUGGUGUGUAUUCUGUGUGUCACCGCUGUUCCCAUGUGAUGUGCUUGACCGUGUGCUUCAGUGGUUUUUGUGCGACCCUUUGUUUUUUUCUUGCUCUACUCAUGUUUGGCUCUGGUGCACUUGCUCUCUAUUCCCUAUGCCAUAUGCAAUACGCUCUCUGUUUGGUGAUGUCAAAAUAAGGGCGCUUCAUGGGGAAUAGUGAGUGUUUUUUGGGACGCACCCUUUGUGUUCGUAGUACGAAGGGGAUUCACUGAUGUACACUGAGCUUUUGCUUUGUUCUGGUCAGUCCUGCAGGGCUGACAAAAUCGACUCAAUUUAUUUUAAUCUUAAAACCUCACGUCUAGCAGAUUUUGUGGCCCUCAGUGACUUGAACUUUUAUUCAGCUUUGUGUAUGUGUUUUUUUUUUAGCGUGGUUUCAAGAGUUCUUGGUUUUGCAUUUACAUGUUUUGAUUUUGAGCGCAUGUCAAAAUGGGCUUUGGUAUGAGUAUAGCGGGUUUUGUUUCUGUCUCGUUUUGUUUCACAUUGGUAUUAAGUCAUGACCUUGAAGAAAAUCAUGUUUAAAGGACAUCACACCAAAAACAGAUUGUGUGUUUGGCUUUCUUGAAGCUUUGGCUCUCGCAGUUGCACAGUCUAAAAUGACUAUCAUCUGCGAUAGCCUCUAGCAAUGUGUAGCUUUAAAUGCGUUAGUAUUGAGGCUAUGCAAUUCUGCGAUGCAAAACUGAUUUCUCUGUCCCACAUUUUCCUAUUUCUCCCUUCUGUCUGUCCAUCUAUCUUUAUUUCUGUCUUUCUCUCCUUUCUUUCUGUUCCUCUUUACAGUGCUGAGCUUCUGAACUGCCCUUUUUCACUUCAGAAGAGCUCCCCAACUGCAAAUUCAGAAUCAAACCCCAGGAGUCGCCACAAGAUUAAAGAUGACUUGGAGAAGGCGAAAGAGAGAAUGAGAGACGACCGAAGUGCUGCGCUAAACCCACUUGAAGAAAACAUUGUAUCACUCAUCUCUCCAUUACUAACCCCUGACUAUUUCAGCCUAGCAUAGCUGCAAUAACCUGAUGAUGAUUCUGUGUCCUGGGAGGAUGUGAAACUCAGAUUCUUCCAGGGAUCAAUAAGGGCGAAACUCUGCAUACAAACAGUAGUAUGUUCUGGCACGACCCUUCAAAACCUUUCUCUAACUACCUAAAGAGCAAGGUGGAAAAUGGAUGCAAUUUUAAAGGGACAGGAACUAUUUUUGUGGAGCGUGAAUCCUUCCUUAACCUGACCCACCAAGUUAAAUGCACCUGCAACCGUGUCCCCUCAAACCCUGAUCAGUCCAGUCUUAGGUUCAAGUAAGGUGUGGAAAAAUACCCAUAAUGCUCUUUCAACGCUAUGCAAUUCAACCACACAUUGAAAUCAACAGACCACAGUUCAUCCGAUGCUUAAACGGAACAGUUUAUCACCCAGACUCUUUCCUCUCCUUGGCUUUUUGGAGAUCUUGCACGUGCUUUAACAGCAUCUUCAGUAUUCCUACUGUGUAAACUGUUUUCCAUCCAUCUAACUGAAAAUCUUAGUGUCCUUCUCAGGGCUAACAGAAAGGAGACUUUGUCCACUUUAAAGAAAAGAAUGUCAGCCUCUCUUUUCUCUCUCUCUCUCUCUCUCUCUCUCUCUCUCUCUCCCUCUUUCUCUCUCUCUUAGUUCAGCUCUGCAUCUCUGCAUUUCUGUUCCACUGUAGAUGAACUGCAUGGCAUGAAUGAAAUGGAAAAAAGAGAGAAGGAUCAUAUUGAGGGGAACCUGAUAUGACGUCUAACGUAGGCAGGACUUCUCUGUUUGCACAGUGAAAUGGAUGGGUGAAUGAAACUCAGAUCAGGACCGUGGAUGAAAAAUGUGGAUCUUGGAUCUUCAUGUGAGGAAGAAAACAUAUGACAUAUGUGCAUGACACCUGUUGACGGACAGAGGGGUUUUUACGUGGACUGGGUGAACUUUAAACUAAAGAAAGACAAAAAAGAAGAACGAGAAAAUUAAAAAUGCAUUUUUCUCACUUUGUUUACCAGCAUGACUAAACUGCAUGACUUCUGUAAGCCCUGAACCCCGAAUUAGAGGGCUUGAAAUGACUAAACAACAAAAUCAAAUGGAAACAAUAAAAGUUUAUGCUAAAUGCUACUAAAUUUAGAAAAAAAAGAUUAUAUUUAAAAAAGAGAGAGGCUAUAUUUUGUUUUUGAAUAAAAAAGAAUAAUGUAUAAAUAUAUAGGAUUGCAAGAUUCAUACAGUUUUGUUGGAUAACAAACCCCACCGAGUCUAGUUGAAUAAUGAGAUGAACUUCUUCAACGACUGCUUCUUCCAUGGCUUCAAGACAUCUCCUCCUUUCUGAUGUUUCAUUCUUUACUUGAACUCUCCUGGCUCUCUGCUCUGCCCGUCACUUUUCUGUAGGCUCAUGUCAUGACCUCCAGCAGUAGCAACACAGCUUUUUCUUUUCCUGGUUUUCAUGAUUUGUUUCAUUUCCUCAUUGAGGUCAUGAAGGGUCCACGGGAUAGGAUUUUGUGUUUAUUUGCAAUAUAACAAAUCCACGUCAUUCUGUAGGUAAAUCAAAGCUUUAUCCAUGAUACCCAAAUAUUAAUCUUAUAAAUAUCAGCUUUGUGUGAACUUUGAGACCCUGAGCACUUACAUUGCAAAGCACUAUUGUCCUCUCAAGCCAUAAUGCAAGAGCAGCCCCAACAUCUACCAUCAAAGGUGCUCAGGAGGACAAAUUGAAACCAGAAGAUGGUUUUGUAGUACGUGUUUUGUUUAGAAUGUUUUCAUCAGCAAGAUGUUGACGGGCGUGUUAUUUCACUCAUUUAAUUUUGUUUGCUGAUUAUUGUGUUGUAAAGGUUCACAGAAGUUUGUGACAAACGUAACAGAGCAGAGCGCUCCCACCAAUCCAGCACUAUUCAUCCCAUACUAAAAUGGAUUAAGGAUAAAACAGCAUUGUUCUGGGAGGAAGCAGGUCAUAAUUUCAUUAUUACUGCAUUUACAUCAUAGUGGUGUAAACAUGACAAUGUUAUCAAACCUGUUCACUUUUUUUAUUUACAAGAGAUGAUGAUGAACUGUAUUUAUUUUCUCCAGACCUCCUAUUCUCUCCAUGUUCAUCAUCCAUUCUGUUCGAAAUGUGAUGCAAACUUAGUUUAGCAACUACCUAUGCAACACCUAAGCAAGACCUUAGCAGCUUCCACACAUGUCAUGUCCUCAGGCCAGCUGGCUGGUGUCUGUUUACUGGUGCUGUGUGUCCAGACGGUAAUGACACAGACGCAGCUUCUUUACCACAUAGACAAGGGCCAGCAUUGUGCAGUGUACAUAGAAGCUAUUCCUUCAACCACUUCAAAUGUUAGCAACCGCUCCAAGUAGCUUGAAGGUGCGACAGACGUGUAGCUUUAGUAGCCAUGUUGCUUUUAGUGGUGUACUGAUUUUCCAUUCUUUGGUUAUCUUUCGGAAAUGCCUUUCCUGUGUGGUUUGGAGGCCCGGUAUAUAGGCAACGCAGGAAGACAUUCAUGCACUUUUCAAAUUAAAUUGUACAGUUAUAUGUAAGCAUAUAGUCAUGUCAGCGGAUAUGUAGGACACAUAUGUUACCAAAUCUUCCAUGGUUUGAAACCGGUUUAUUUUAUAUGUAGGAAAUGUUUAUUUGCAUCUCACAUGCAUUUGGCAAAUGCUUAAGAUGAGAUGUGCCUCUCUGGUCGUUCAUAUUGUAGAAUUGACAGUUUCACAAAUAGAUUAUUUCCGAGCAGGAGCAAUAAUGAUGGAACGCCUUUCCAAUUGUUUAGUGUCAACGUUUUUGGAAUUGGGGGACAUGUUCAUUUCAUCCCUUAUAAUAAAUCCAGUGUGCCUGAAACUGUUCCCUGAAUGUUUCUGUAUGUUAAUCGAACACAACCUCUCUCUCUCGAGCGGUUCCAGUUUGUGUGAGAAUGUGCCCCAUGUGUUUCGGCCGUACAUGCACUUGCUGAGUGAGCUCACAUCCCCUCGAGAUCAGCUAGACACUUGCAUACCUUUACUUGAAACCCAAAUACAAAACAUAUCAGAGAGGAGCAGAAUAAAGCCAGAAUCAAUCUUCACUCUUUUUUCCUGUUUGCAUCCCCCUUUCAUUCCUCUCUCCUCUCUUCCCUAUCCUUCUCUAUUUUUGAGGAAGAAGCUUUUUUGCAUCUCGUGUUCUUGUGUUUUUCUAUCCUAUUGUUUGAAGUUGUUUGAAGAUUAUAAUGCAUGCAUGGAAUACAAUGAGGACAUAACUUGUGAAUAAUUUGUCAAUGGACCGAAUGAGGUAACUGUCUCUUUCGCCUGGGCUCUCUUCUCUGCUGUAUCUCUCUCCUGGGCACCUAUAGAGAGAGAAAGUAAGAAAGAAAGAAAAGUACAGCUAAACACCUGUUACAAUUUUCUUUAAUGUGUCUUCUUUAAAAUGUAGCCGUACCAAAAUAUGUUAUGGCUGUAAUGUAGCCACACCAAACUAUUUUUAUCAUACUUAUGUAUAUUUUUUAUGCUUGUUAUGUUUGUUCAUUCUGUGCCUGGUGUAUCUUAGUAGCCAUUUUAGCUAUACUCGAGCUUCCACAGACUCAGAGCUGAAAUAAAAAUGCAGCAGUUGAUUUGAAACCACAUGUGUCAAUAAAGCCAAUAUUCUAUUUUGGGCACAUGAUGUUAAAAAACUUCUUUUUCUAUCUUUUUUUUACUUUAGUUAUGCUCUAAGAGUUUUGGGUUUGUUUAAAGGGGGAAUUCAUUGCACAUCAAUCACAGCAUAUCUAACCGCUGUGUCUAUUGCUGAGUGCAACCAUAACCAUACACAACCCCCCCGAGGUAAUAAACUGAGACAGGGAUCAAGAGAGAGAGAGAGAAGCCAGGAGAAAGAGAAGGUUCCCGAAAUAACGGAUGAGUUCUAUGCUACCAAGACUGAUGCUGGAUACAAUUUUAUUGUCAUAAAAAAGGAGAUAAAAAUAACAAGAACUGUAUAAAAUAUAUUUCAAUGGAAUGUUUAUUAUUUACCUUUUAUAUUUUUGAAAUGUAUAAAGAAACAAUUAAUAAACUGUAAUAAUUUAACAGAGUUUGUGAAAACGAAGACUUAAAAAAUAGUUAUAUUACUAAAAGUAUGAAAGUUUGAACGUGAAUGCAAACCUAACUGAGCAAAUCUUCUCCAUUACAGAUAGGAAAAAAAACCAUUAGAAAAAUAAAAUCCAAUUUAAAAAGAAAAAGUUAUCAAAAAAUCAAUAAAAAUGUUAAAAGCUCAUGCCAAAAUUUUCAA